UUCAGACAAGAUCUAACUCAAACCCAAAAAGUCAAAAAGGCAAAAGCGAUAGAAGAAGAGAGUUGAGUUGCAGAGUUUCAAUGUCUUGGGCUGCUCCUGAUGAUAUCUUCUUCUCCACUUCUCUCGCCGCCUACUUAGACAAGAAAAUUCUUGUCUUGCUUCGUGAUGGGCGGAAACUGAUGGGCCUACUUCGGUCCUUUGAUCAAUUUGGUACCUUUGUUUUGUGUUUCUUUCUCUGUUGUUUACUGAAAUUCCCUGAAGAGGUUUUUUGUUUUUGUGAAGCAAAUGCUGUUUUAGAGGAAGCUUAUGAAAGAGUCAUCGUGGGUGAACUCUACUGUGAUAUUCCCUUAGGUCUUUACAUAAUCCGUGGAGAGAAUGUUGUGUUGAUUGGUGAACUGGACGUUGAAAAGGAAGAGCUUCCUGCUCAAAUGGUUCAAGUUUCAGAAGCAGAGAUCAAAAAGGCUCAGAAAGCAGAGAAAGAAGAAAUGCUUUUAAAGGGUUUGAUGCGGAAAAGAAUGGAGUUCCUUGAUCUUGAUUAGAAGGGCAUUUUUCCUAUGUUGUGUUGAAGCAUUGUGAAAUCUAGGAAAACCUGAAGAUGGAGAAUACUAGAAACUACUCAAUGAUAUAAGUCAUCAUGUUAGUUGAUGUUGUGUGUGUGUGUGUGUCAGAUAACCUCUGCUCUGUUUCUGUAAUGAAAUGUUGCAACUAAAGCCCACGUCUUUACUGGACAUAAAUGAUGAAUUGUAGUUCACCAAAACCAAAGGUGAAGAUAUCAAAAGAGAAAACAAAGUACA